AAAGAUUAAUCGUAUCAUUUUUCAUAACACACGCGAUUCAUCGAUCGCCGCGAAGCCUUUUACCGUUAAAAACAACACAAUCGUUGCUCCGUAAUUAAUAACUUUUUUGCAUCUCGACUUCGACUUCGUUUAUACAUAAUACACGCGGUGUGCGCGACGAUUUUCGAGCCCACGAGACAUGCGCGUUUGCCCGCCAUUUUCGUGAUCCAUUGCCGCUGCUGUUGGUGCUGAUUUUGGCCUUCCUCGAAAUAUUAGACAUCAACGCCGAGAACUAAUCUUUAGUCAGACAGACGACUUCGAGUUGGGCGAAAUCAUGAGCAAAUCAAAAGAAGCCACACCACCAGAAGGUGAGACCGAGGAGGAAUACAGCGUCGAGAAAGUUCUUGACAGGAGGGUCGUCAAAGGAGGAAAGGUUGAGUAUUUCUUGAAAUGGAAGGGAUAUUCAAAUGAAGACAACACAUGGGAGCCCGAAGAAAAUCUAGACUGUCCUGAUUUGAUUGCUCAGUUCGAAGAAGCACGUAAGAAGAAGGAAGCUGAAAAGAGCAAGCAAAAAGCUGACGAAGAAAAGGAAAAGAAAAAACGGAAGAGUACGAGCACGCCCACUCCAGUGCCAGCAAAGAAGAAGGUUAUUGAAGAAAAGAAAGCUGAAGGAUUCGAUCGAGGUCUAGAGCCAGAAAGAAUCAUUGGAGCAACUGACUCCAGUGGAGAACUUAUGUUCUUGAUGAAAUGGAAAGGAACUGACGACGCAGACUUGGUGCCUGCGAGAAUCGCCAACGAAAAAUGCCCACAGAUUGUCAUUCGUUUCUACGAGGAGCGACUAACGUGGCAUAGUCCUUCUCAGGAAGAAGAUAUGUCUAAGGCAGAGAACGAGUAGCCUCUUAACUAUUACCUUUAAAUAUUAAGAAUCCUUUUCUCUAAUUACGUCACGUACACUAAUAUUGCAUAUGCGUGUACAUAAUUUUUGUUUUUUUUUAAAUUUAGUAGUACACUUCCUGUAUAAAAAUAAUGCUUGAAUGAACAUUCGAAUUGAUUCAUUCUCAUAUUCAUGUAUAUCUGAGCGGUGUGAUUAAUUGCAUAAAAUACAAAUAUGAAAUGAAUAUGAUAUGAUUAUACUUGA